AUGGCUGGGAUCGGCCUCUGGCUGGUGCUAUGGCUGUCUGCAUGUGAUGCGCAAGUCUUCCAGCUCAAAGACUUUAAGGUGCCCGAACGCAAGAGUUUGAGCCUGAUCUAUCCAUUCUUUUUGUCGACGCCUGGGUCAUCACCCAACAAGACCAAGACUCAACCCUUCGUGGUCUUCCGGGAGCUCAAAGCCACCAGUCAAUCUCCGGACCAGACGGACGCACAAUUAGCCAAUUACAAGGGCUUGGAAUUGCAUCUUAUCAGGUAUGAAGACAUUUGGAGUCUGGUGGAUACGGGCAGAAUGUGUGCCACCUCAGAUGACCUUGCCCGUGGUGACAGUGACGCCGUGGACCAUUUGAUUCUGCACAAAGAGCCGGGGCAAAGUGUCAAGGAUUUGAAUGUCUAUGGCUAUCAGGUGGGCUUCGAUAAGGCGAAACCUCAGAAGAUGACCAUGCAGAAACCGGGCGUCUACUUCUUGGUCCUAUCGAAUUGUGGCAACUUCGACCAAGCCGUGAUCAGUGGCCAGGUGAUUGUGAAAAACUCUCAUGGCUUCUUGCCCGCCAAUGAGUACGGCAAGAUGCCUUUCUACGCCAUCAUGACAGCCGCUACAGUGGUGGUCUUUCUCCUUUGGUCCCUGCUAUGUAUUCGAUGGUGGAAGGUCCUGUUCAACAUCCACUUGGCCAUCGGCAGCCUGUGCUUCCUCGCCAUCCUUGAAAGUGUGGCGUGGUUCGUGUACCUUUUCAGCUGGAAUGAAGGAGGUCUGGAGAGUAAGGCCUUGUUCAGCGUUUCAAUCUUCCUGUCGGUCUCCAGGAACACCCUGUCAUACAUGCUCAUUUUGUCCGCAUGUUUGGGCUGGGGCGUCACCAAGCCGCUCCUUGAUGGGGGCACCAUUUGCCGAAUGGUUUCUCUUUCAACCGUCUACAUUUGCUUGAAUGUGGUGCGGGAGGUGGUCUUGGCCGACCGGCAUACCCAAUCCGUGCCCGUGCCCUUUGUGAUCCUAUGCCUGUUGCCGGUCUCAUGUAUGAACGGUGGCAUUUUCUAUUGGAUCUUUGCCGCCUUGUCCAACUUGAUGGAGACCCUGGAGGCUCAACAGCAGUCCGCCAAGCUCGGUCUUUUCCAAAAGCUUUGGUGGGUCUUGGUGCUGGCCAUUGCCUUUGCCUUCGCGGUCCUUUUAGCACAGAUCUUCAUUGUGGCCAAUGACAGUUCCAGUUGGCAGUACCAGUGGUUGGUAACGGACUUUGCGCCACAGGCAGGAUUCCUCUUCGUGUUGCUGUGCGUGAUGUACUUGUGGUGCCCCAAUGAAGAUACUCAGAGGUUUGCCUAUUCUGCGCAGCUGGGAGGGGAGAAUGAUGAGUUGGGCGGGAUUGAGAAGGCAGAGGUGAUGUCGGGCGACGAGAAGGAUGUUGAUGUCAUCGGUGCACGCAGCUGA